GGCCGGAGACAUCUGGAUAACCAGUCAAAACACUCCAGAGCCUUUCAUUGUUUUCUUCCUCGAAACGGAACCAGCCAGCAUGGGAGUAAGAAAGAGCUACUAACUGCUGCUAAACAUGAUUUCCGUCUUUAGUUUUGCAAACAGGAUACUGGAGCCUGAAUGUUGCUUUGAGAAACACUUGUUCUUUGGCUACGAAUGGGCAACCACUUAUUGGUCUCUUUUUACCCUAAAACUCCCAGGAACCCUUUGGAGAGCAAACAUUUUGCUGAUCUUCGUGGCAACUAUGUUGUGGCUUCUUGUCCUGCAGCUCAUUAACAGCUUCGAAGGUUUAUCAGGGUUUGAACAUGAAACGCUGUGCACCUCUAAUGCCUGCUUCACUGCACACAUGAAGAAGGAGAGGUUUGACAAGGCCAAAGAAGACUGCGGCAAAAGAGGAGGAUAUUUGAUGACCAUAAGAGACCGAAAAGAAGAGGAUGUGGUGCGCUCACUUCUCUCAUUAAUAAAAAGUCAACGACAUGGGACGCUGCUUGAAUUUUGGAUUGGAUUAAAACUCAAAGAAACCGAUUGUGUAUUUCCUGACCAGCCACUCCGAGGAUUUAAAUGGGUAUCUGGAAAUGAGGAAUCCCACUACUCCAACUGGAAAGAAGAGCCUGCCUCCACAUGCUUAGCAGAGAGAUGUGUAAAUAUUGAUUACAACUUUUCAAGUGAGAAUCACCUGAAAUGGACUGCUGUCCCUUGCAAAAAACGUAAAGCUUUUUAUGCAUGCAAGUUUUAUUUUAAGGGGAUGUGUGAACCUUUGGCUCUACUGGGGCCUGGGGAAAUCGCUUACACAGUACCUUUCUCACAAGACCCACUUAAAAGUCAACUGAAGUCAUUUCCUCAUGGAACUUUUGCUAUAAUUCGGUGUAGCGAUCAGGAGGAUCGCAUGUCUUUGUGCAACGCUGUUAACCAUACCUACCGGUGGACUAAUCUGGGCCCCUUUUGCAAAACAGGAAAGCGAAGCUGUGAUAUCAGCAAUGGUGGGUGUGAACAUUCGUGCCGUCAGGAUGCAGAUGAAAUUCGAUGCGAUUGCAGAGAAGGUUAUGAAUUGGAAAAAGAUGGACUCCGCUGCAGGAUCAAAGACUUGUGCAGUCCUGACACCUGUGAGCAUCAGUGUGUAAUGAGCGAGUCGGGAUAUUUCUGCAAAUGUCCAGUUGGCUUCGAACUGCACGAAAACCAACGCAACUGCUCUGACAUUGAUGAGUGCCAAUCACAGGCUUGUAAGAACGACCUGUGCAUAAACACACAUGGCAGUUAUAAGUGUGCCUGCAAAGUCGGCUACAAAAUGAUGGAUGGAAAAUGCAGGGAUGUUGAUGAGUGUGCACAAAGGAAAUGUGAGCACAUCUGCUUGAAUACCAUUGGAUCGUUCUCUUGUUUUUGCAAGGAAGGCUUUGCUUUCUCUGAAGAUGGCCAUUCAUGUGAAGACAUUAAUGAAUGUGUGACUGACAGCUGUUCAGGGGCUAAGUUUGAAUGUGUAAAUACUGUAGGAAGCUUCAUAUGCACCCACCUGGAGAAUGAUGGAACCACUUAUGCUCCAAAUGUGACCUUUGCACCAUUAACCUCAUCAGAUUACCCAUCUUAUGAGAAGACACAAGAAAACUUUACAGAGUCUUUAACCAGUUCUACAACUGAGCACCCAUAUCCUCAAACCGAUUCACCCAUUCCAGACCCGGAGAAAGUUACAAACAAGGAUCCACUGAGCAACACAACCAUGGCCACGAGUUUCGCCAAGACAAUCAAUUCCAGGGUGAUAAUCUGCGUCCUCGGUUCAGUCAUUCCUCUUGUUGUGUUGAUUGCAAUUACUUUGUUUUUUGCAAUUUUUCGAUGCAGUCGCUCUAAAAAAGAAGUGAAGAAGAACACCACUGCAGAUGGCUACUGCUGGGUGUCCUCUGGCUUGGAUCCACGUUUAGAGAAACUAUACGAGUCCAUCUUGACUGAUGACCCAUGACCAUUUAGUGACAGAAAAGACUGACUAGAGUUAUGUUUAUUUAUGCAAUUCUUGCAAUCUCCUGUGAUUACACUACAUAUCAAAAUGCAAAUCAGAAAACGUCAUUGUCCAUCAAAUAGUAUUUGAAUAAGAGUAGAGUCAUAAUGGGGGAAAAAUAAAAAGUAAAUGGGUGUUAAGUGGAAGUGCAUAAUAUGCUGUAAAGGUUAUGAAGGAUGUGUAACGACUGUUUUUAUUGCACGGUUAAUAGUCUGAGGCAAUGUAAAUAUCUUUACCUAUGAGAAAGUUACCAGUAUUUGCUGUAAAAAAAAAAAAGUCAUUUAAUGUUAAGAUCAGACACUUUUCUUCAUUUGUUUGUGACAAUAUUUUAUGCUAUUGUGUAUAAUCCUGCUAUUACCUCCUGUCCUGAGAAUGUGCUUGUGUACUAUGAAAACAAAAGAGGAUCUUUAGCUUUAAUAUCACAGAAAAUGAUCAUUAGAUCAUUUACUGAUCACUCUACAACCUGUGCCCCAAAUAAAACAACAAAAAAAGAAAAAAAUACACAAGUAUCGAAGUAAAAGUACUAAAGAGAUAUUAUUUGUAUAAUAUGAUCAUUAUUACUGGUGCAUUAAAAUGUUGGUGGUACUUUGCUGUUUGAGCUGGCUGAAGUAUAAUAUAAUCUAAAAGUAAAAAGUGGACUAACACGUAUAUUCUCCAGAGAGUAUACCUCACAAACAUUCUUAAGAACUUAAAGGUACUUUUUGAAAAAAAAAUUGUUUAGAAGAGCUUCAAAGGUCAAAGCUUUUGUACUGUGUUGCAGCGAUAUGAAGUUGAAAUAGGCUCUGGCUGUAAACUCUCAUUUGGACCACGUGAUAAUACAGCGAGUUAUUUUGACCUGCCCAGAGUUCAGCACAACACAUUUCAGCCUUUUUAAAGAUAUUAUUAAACUCCAUCCUGCUAAAACAGAGCAGAUUCAGACUAUGAUAAAAAACAAAAGGUGCCUUUCAAAAUGUUUAAAAAUGCUGGUAAUUUUCUUGUUUUUGUUGAACAAGAAGUACCUUUAAGUAAACCUGUUUAGUCUCUGACAAUGACAUGUACUUGUACACACCAACAAAUAAGUCUUUUUGAUUGAAGUUCCACAUCUACACACCAUCAUGUAAAGAUGAAACUGGUGUCAAUUUAUAUACUGCAAGUAUAAAAUCUAAAAUGGAUUGUUUGCUUGUUUUUCUUUGUUGUUCUUAUUUACAUAUAUAGAUAGCACUACCAUUCAUGAAGCCCAUUCUAUUACCAGAAUUAUUGUUUAUGUUUCUGUAAAGGUUAAUUUGUUAGAAUUUGAAUCCAAUUUAAUUU